GUUGAUCAGUAAGGGUAGUUUAUGAAGUGACUGCCGACCUUGCAUAAGUUCGUCGUCAUUGUCCGAGGGAAGUUAGAAGUUAACUACGGAAGAAAAAAAGAACGUCAUACAACAUUUUCAUCAAACUAGCGUGUUUUCUUAGUUAUACAUAAGAUGAGCGAAUCACUAUCGCAAGCUGUUAUACACGGUUUUCUAAUGGCUUUAGUGUUCUUAUGGUUAGCUGGGGUCAUUGAAACAAGGUGGAUUGGUGACCAAACAUAUGGAAUCGUGAACGCGACCGAUGGCAAAAAUGAAACAAUACAAAAUGAUCAUAAUACGACAGGCACAUCAGAAAGGCGCGCGAAAAUGUCCGAAACAAAUGUGACGUCAAACGUGCUCUUCAAAGAAAGUCCGCAAUUUCACAUGUACAAAACAAUGACAAUCGUCUUGGGAGCCCUAUGUGUCGUGAUGACUAUAACGAGCGUCGUUCUUGCAAUAAAAUUAAGAAGAAAGAACAAAUGCAAGACUUCAAGCUCCACAAAAUCUUCGGAUGAAACUCCACUUACUGUCGUAAAAACGCCUGAUGAAUGUGAAUAUCAAAGCAUUCGAGGAUUUACAAAACGAUACACGACAUCCUCGUAUGGUUACGAAACGGUCAAACCAAAGCUACCGACAACACGGCCACCGCUGCCCCAGCAGCUUACAAUGGACAAUGGCGAGUACGAAAAUCUCAAGAUGAGUGGCCUGAAACCAAAAACACGAGAGAACAGUGUUUACUUGACGAUGGAUGAAGCAAUAGCUGGACUAAAGGAAAACAGGCAAUACAAAACCAAUAGCGCGUUGCUAGACAGUGCAGUUACAGGAAACUGUUUGCUCGGAAGUGCGCUGACCGGAAGUGCAAUUCUCCUAGCAGGAGGAAAUGACGAAGAUUUAUACCAAACGAUGAAGAAAAUUGUGAAAACCGUGAAAGAUCCAGCUACAGAACAACGUGAUGUAGAAACUACUUGAAAGACUAAACAUACAAUAAUUUGAUGCGUUAAUAUAUGCAUUCCGCAUAAAACCUCGUUCGUUCUGGCACAUACAGUCAGUUAACAGUAUCCAUUAGUUUUGUAUUCAGCACCUCUCAUCUGUUUUGAAGGUGCGAGCCUCAACAGAAAGGACCUGAGAACGACGUUGGACAUUGAAUUAGUAUUACAUACGUCGUUGUCUUUUAAUGUAAAAUAUUGGAUUAGCUAGAUUUUUUGUAAUGAGUGUAUUAAUGUUUUAGGAAUAUGUUGGUCUUUCAUUUGUACAAAAAAAUUAGAUAUUUUUUCCUUAUUAAAUAAUGAUAAUUUGCUGCAUA